AGAGAUAAAUAUAACAAAUGUUUUUCUUGCUCAUAUUAUACAAGAGUGUUAUCAAAUGGAGAAAAAUGUGAUUGAGAUUGGUUUGUAUAUUCAAGGGAACUUGAUAGAAUCUUUUUCUUUUGUUGUAAAGUGUUUUAUAAAGGUUCUUUAAGGAGACGACAACUAUCAUUAGAAUGUUUUAAUGAUUGGGCACAUCUUUCAAUCAGGAUUAGAGAGCAUGAAAUAAGUGUUGAGCAUAUUAAAAAUAUGGUCACUUGGUAUGAGUUGCGAUGGAGGCUUAAACAUAAUCAAACCAUUGAUAAGACGACUCAAUAAUUAAUUAAAAAGGAAAGGGAUCACUGGAGCAAUGUGUUGUUGAGAAUUAUUUCGAUUGUCAAGUUUUUGGCAAAACAUAAUUUAACUUUCCGAGGCAGUAAUUGGAGGUUGUAUGAAGGAAAUAAUGGAAACUUUUUAGAAUUAAUUGAAAUGCUAGCCGAGUUUGAUCCUGUAAUUCAAGAGUAUGUCAGGCAAAUCACAAAUGAUGAGAUUUAUUUUCAUUAUCUUUAUCAUGUUAUUCGAAAUGAAUUGAUACUUUUGCUUGCCUCUCAAAUUAAGUCUGAAAUCAUACGAAAAAUUAAACAAGCAAAGUACUUUUUAGUGAUAUUUGAUUGUACUCCAGACACUAGCCACCAGGAGCAAAUGCCUUUAAUAUUGAGAUAUGUGGAUGUCUCUUCGAAUGAUCUUGGCAUUGAGGAAUCAUUUUUAGGCUUUCUGAAUGUUGAUGAUACAACUGGCCAAGGACUUUUUGAUGUUUUACAAGAUGAAUUAAAAAAAUUGAAUCUUGAUAUAGAUAAUGUAAGAGGUCAGGGAUAUGAUAAUGGGUCAAACAUGAAAGGAAAACACCACGGAGUUCAAAAGAAAUCGUUGGACAUAAAUCCAAGAGCUUUUUAUGCACCAUGUGAGUGUCAUAGUCUUAAUUUGAUAUUAUGUGAUAUGGUUAAUGCUUGUGGAAAGGCAAGAGAUUUCUUUGGAAUUGUUGAACCCAUUUACAUAAUUUUUGCGAAUUCAACUAAAAGAUGGCAUGUUUUGGAAGAUCAUGUCAAGGGAUUAACUCUGAAAUCAUUAUCGGCCACUCCUUGGGAGAGUCGCAUUGAAAGUGUGAAAGCUAUAAGUUUCCAAAUUGGGGAAGCGAAGCGAAGUCAUUAGCUUUGCAUGAACUAGGGAUAUCGAGAAAGUGGUUAUGAAAAUGCUAUAGAAGAAGCCAAAAAGGUUGUCGUUGAGCUUGAUAUUGAUCCAAUAUUUCCUCAAAGGAGGCCAAUUCGACGAAAGAAGCAAUUUGAUGAGAGUCGAGAUAGCACUUCAUAAGUUGUUAAUCUAUCUGCCGAUGAGUCAUUUAGACUUAAUUGUUUUUUAUAUAUUGUUGAUCAAGCUAUUGUUUCAUUGAGAAGGAGGUUUGAGCAAUAUUAGGAAUUUGAGAGUAUUUUUGGAUUUUUAUUUACUUCUGAGAAAUUGAGUUCACUAGAAGAUGCACAAUUGAAGGUAUGUUGUUCUCAUCUUGAAG